AUGGUCAAUUCUGUGAUAGGCAUCCAUCGAGCAUCGAAUCAGGCACUUGUCCACGCGAAACAAAACGACACCUAUACCAACAUCUGCGAAGCCACUUUCGGUCUCGCUUUCUUCGCUACUCCGCAUCGAGGGGGCGAACAUGCUAGAAUUGGCAGGGUAGCGGCUGAAAUUGCAAAGUUGGUGACGGGCAACACGAAGAAUAAUUUUCUCGAUCAUCUGCAAAAGAACUCCAUCCUAUCAGAUCAGCUUCGUGAAAAUUUCAGGAAUCAAAUCGGGAAGUACAAGAUUUUGAGCAUCUGUGAAUCAUUGAGAAUGGAAGGAAUUGGGCUGAUAGUGGACCAAAAGUCAGCUACGCUUGAGCUUGACCCGGCUAUCGAGAACGUCAUUAGUGUUGAAGCAGAUCAUCGAAAUGUCUGCAAGUUUGAAAGCCCAGAAAGUCCAGCAUAUCAGCUUGUCGCGCCCAACCUUGUCAAACUUGCCCAUCAGGCCGUGAAGAAAUUCAGAGAGGAGAUGUUUCGAGAUCCGCAAGGUGUCUAUGCAUCUCAAAGAGGAAAAUGGCUUGUUCCACACGGGGCAAAUCUACGAUUCUCGGGUCGCAAGGAGGCUUUGAGGAAGUUGGAUGAAGAUCUAGAACCUCGAUUAGGGUCACAACAGAGAGUGGCCUUGUAUGGACUCGGCGGUGUUGGAAAGACACAGAUCGCCCUCAAAUAUGUUUACUGGAUCCGGAACAACUAUGAUAAAAUCUCGAUCUUCUGGGUCCAUGCCAACAGUCGUGAAAGAUUUCAUCAGUCAUACCUGCAGCUGGCCAAGGAACUCGAUAUACCCGGUGCCGACUCCCAUCAAGUCGACACCCUGGCCCUGGUCAACGAGUGGCUAGGCCGGGAGAGGCUCUGCGGCCCGUGGCUCAUGAUCCUACAAAAUGCCGACGACGUGACCAUGUUCCAGGACUGCCCAGCAGACCGUGAUCAGGAGACUUUCGCGGCGAAACUGACAGACUAUAUUCCAAAUUGCCAGCACGGUGCGCUCCUGGUCACCGCGCGAGACAAGAAUGUCGGCGAAGCUCUGGGAGCGUUCAAUCACCAAAUCCUGCCCAUGGACUCGUCUGAUUCAAUUGAUAUGCUAACACAGAUUCUUACAGGGGACCAAUAUACACGGGGUGAUCUUGAGAAACUGGCAAAUUGUCUCGAAAGAGUACCUCUCGCAAUGACUCAAGCGGCCGCAUAUAUCUCGAAGAACUCUAUGAGGAUCAGCGCCUUUUUGCAGCUAUUUGAGAAAAAAGCAAACGCCCUUGAUAUCCUGACUCGGGACGUCCAGGGCGUAGACAGACCAGUAGCGGCUACAUGGCAGAUGUCUUUUACGCAAAUUCGAGAACAGAAUCGUCUUGCCGCCGAUAUUUUAUCUCUCAUGGCCUUCUUGGAUCGAAAUUAUGUUCCCGACACUCUCAUUGUAGGUCAUGACGAGAGUAGGUUUGACACCUAUUUUGAAGAUGCAUGUGGGCUUCUGAAAGCAUUCUCCUUGAUUCAAGAGUCAGAGACGACGAUAGCCGGUGAGGAGCAUCAAGCUUACAGCAUGCAACACAUCGUUCAGUUGGUUACGCGGCAUUGGCUGGCCAGCGAGGGCACCGCAGAUGAAUGGGCAGAAAAGGCUCUGUUUGCGGUUGCCACCGUAUUUCCUCCAGGAGAGCACGACGACUGGGAAAAGUGCGAAGCCUACCUGCCUCACGUUCGAGUAGUUUUGGACGUGGAGAUCAAGUCUAAGGCAGGGAUCAGAACCAAGGCCGAACUGCAGUACCACUCCUCAUCCUUCUUUCGAGUCAAGGGCUAUCACGCUCGAGCUGAAGAAAUGGCCCGUCAAUCAAUUACCAACUGGAAAGAAGCCCUUGGGCCUGACAAUGCCUCAUCUUUGGCGAGCUAUACCAGUUUAUCUCGAAUUCUCCUUGAGCAGGGGCAGAUUCAGGCCGCAAGGGAAGUGCAGGUGGAGGGACUGAAGGCUGCCGAGCCCGGUGUGGAGGAGACGCAUCCUGCCAUGCUCCGGGCACGACGCCAUCUCGCCGCGUUGGAUGGUAUCCAAGGAAACUUCGAGGAGGCGUAUACCACGCUACUAGCCGUGACGGAGAGGAGCCAAAUCAACCCGGGCAAAGAACACGCGGACACGCUUCGAGCGACACGCGACCUGGCCGUCACGCUCGGCCACUUGGGCCGACACGACGAAGCCCAGACACUGUUCGAGCAAGUGCUGGAGAUUCGCAAGGACGUCCUGGGCGAGGAAAACCUGGAGACGCUCAUCAGCAUGUUUGACCUGGCCGAAGCGUACAAACUGCAAGACCCCGAGGCCAACGCGGCCAAGGCAGAAGCGCUUGAGAGAAAGGUCGUCCGGGUCCGCCAGAAGACGCUCGCCGAGGAGCAUCCGGCGACCAUCCUGGCGAUGGAGAGUCUCGCCGACAGUCUGAGAUGGCAGCACCGCGACGAGGAGGCCGAGGCCCUGGCCAGCAAGGUCGAGCAGAUCCAGAGCAAAAGCCGGCGCGAGCGCGGCGGGGGAGGAGAGAGAGGCCUCCUGAAUCGGCAUCCCCGGUCGGCGCCGGUGCACACCAUGAGCUACACGAUCCAGACGUACAAGCUCCCGCAGCCACGGCAGUGUCCCUGGCCCAAAGCAGUGCGAACGGGAGGGUUGACCCAUACCAGGCAGGCUGUCUCGGAAAGCCAUCCCCCCACCAAAUCCUCUCUCUCCUCGUCGUCCCUGUCUUCCUCGUCUCGGCCGGCUUCCUCAUUGCUGCUCUCUCCCCCAGUGGUCCCGGGCGGCGGUUCCCAGCGCCGGCGAUCGAAUCCCGUGGGCCGCAUCUUUGGGCGUUUGUCGAAGCUCAAGACCAAAGUCGGGGCGGCGUCGUAUGAGGCGGUUCAUCAACCUCAACCUCAACCUGAACCUGCCACUGCAGAGGCCGCCGCAGUGGCGGCGAAACAACAGACCAAAUGA